GCGUGGCUUCUGUCCUUGUGCCGCGGAAACGGACAGAAAGGGACAGACUGGACCGAAGCAUGCGGAGCAGAAGAGGCAGCUGAAAGGCAGCAGAGGACAUGGGGGACAAAGCAGGGACCAGAGUCUUCAAGAAGUCCAGCCCCAACUGCAAGCUGACUGUUUAUCUGGGCAAGCGGGACUUCAUAGAUCACUUAGAUCAUGUGGAUCCAGUGGACGGAGUGCUCCUUGUGGACCCAGAGUAUCUCAAGGGUCGCAAAGUGUUUGUAAUGCUGACUUGUGUGUUUCGUUACGGCCGUGAGGACCUGGACGUCUUGGGCCUUUCCUUCCGAAAGGAUCUUUACGUGAGCACGUUCCAGGUUUUCCCUCUCCUGGAUGAGGAGGAGCAGAAACCUUUAAGCUACCUGCAGGAGAGGCUGUUAAAAAAGCUUGGCCAACACGCCUACCCCUUCAACUUCCGUAUCCCCCAGAACCUGCCCUGCUCAGUUACCCUGCAGCCCGGCCCAGAGGACACUGGCAAGGCGUGUGGCGUGGACUACGAGCUUCAAGCUUUCUGCGCCAACACAGCGGAUGAGAAGCUUCAUCAAAGGAACUCUGUGCUCUUAGUGAUCCGUAAGGUGCAGUUUGCACCAGAGAAGAGAGGCCCACAGCCCAUGGUGGAGACGAGCCGCAGCUUUCUGAUGUCAGAGAGAACUCUGCACCUGGAGGCCUCGUUGGAUAAGGAGCUGUAUUACCAUGGUGAGCCCAUCAGUGUCAACGUUCACGUCUCCAACAACUCCACUAAGACGGUCAAGAAAGUCAAGAUAUCAGUCCGUCAGUAUGCUGACAUCUGUCUCUUCUCCACGGCCCAGUACAAGUGUCCUGUGGCCCAGCUGGAGGCAGAUGACCAGGUUUCUCCCAGCUCCACCUUCUGCCAGGUCUACACACUGACACCCUGCAUGGGCACCAAUAGGGAAAAGAGAGGUCUGGCCUUGGACGGAAAACUCAAACAUGAAGACACCAACCUGGCCUCCAGCACCAUAGUGAAAGAGGGGGACAGCAAGGAGAUGAUGGGCAUCUUAGUAUCCUACAGGGUGAAAGUCAAACUGGUGGUGUCUUUAGGAGGGGACAUCGCAGUGGAGCUUCCGUUUGUCCUGAUGCAUCCCAAACCAACAGGCCAGCCCAUCUUGCAGCCAGCAUCUCCCGAGGCUGACGCUCCUGUUGAUGCAAACCUCAUAGAUUUUGAUAUGAGGUCUUCCUCUCAAGGCGACGACUUUGUGUUCGAAGACUUUGCCCGCCUACGCUUGACGGGGUCUCAGGUGGACGCCGACCCCCUCUGUUAGCCGCGGCGAGCACAUAGAUAUUCUGCUGUCUUUCAGAGACUCCAAGGGUAUUUUUACAGGUUUUCUAAUGAAGAAAAGCUCUGAUGUCUUACUGCUUAUUUAGUUCUUAAUUUCAAGUGGAUAAUUACGCUACUCAUCAAAAGUUAUGAUUAUUUGGCUUUUGGAAAAUUUCAGGAGGAACCUAUAAUUCACUAUUUUAAAAUGUGUGAUUGCACGUGUGCAACUGUUGAAUGUUUCACAAUAGCCAAGUGCUGUUGGUCAAUUGUUGUCAUCUUGGUCUCCCAAUGUCAAAAUGCAAAAUGUGAACAGCAGAGGGACUGUUUUGAAUACCGUCAGGACACUUAUGGAUCACACACCUGUUGCGAAUGUACUGAAACCUUCAACAGUCAGACAUUCAGAAGUUUAGAGAAGGCUGAAUUAAGUUUACCCAUACAGUGCAUUUUAAUCAGUGUAUUUUAGGUUCAUCCUGAUUUUUUUUUAUCAGUAGCAUAUUAGAUUUAUUCUAUACUCUGUGUACUUUUGUAACCCAAAUACAGCGCCUCUUUAUGUUACUGUGUUUUAACUGUGGUAAUUUCUGAAGGACUCGCUGCAUAUAAAUCAUUGACUCGCUCAGGUGAUGAUGAAAAAGUAAGGAUCCUAAAUCGUAGGAAGGAAGUAUUUAGACGAAUCCUGCCUAAGUUACGUUACUAGUGAAAAUAUUGACAAAGAUACUCUAUUGAUCAUGUUAUUUUCUUCAAAUGAAUGUUGUAAUCAAAAGUUUGUACAAAUAAAUGUGUAGCACACAAAUAUGAAAAAAGUGAGAUCAGUUCAAAACGUCCACAUUUAAGAGUUGUGCUGCUGCUCCAGCAUGACUUCGCAGGUGCGGCCCAGUUCUCCCAGUUUGACCUUGGCGUACUCUGCCCUGUUGAGUGCCAUCUGACAGUCUUUCCAGGAAGAGUAUGUGGACCCUUCAUGAGGUUGGCCUGUAGCCACCUGAAGAAACAACGACAGUUAGGGGUGUGGGAAAAAAUCUAUUCGAAUUCGAAUCGCGAUUCUCACGUUGUGCGAUUCAGAAUCGAUUCUCAUUUUUAAAAAAUCUAUUUUUUUUAUAUAUAUAUUUUUUUCAAUUAAUCAAUCCAACAAAACAAUACACAGCAAUACCAUAACAAUGUAAUCCAAUUCCAAAACCAAACCCGACCCAGCAACAUUCAGAACUGCAAUAAACAGAGCAAUUGAGAGGAGACACAAACACAACACAGAACAAACCAAAAGUAGUGAAACAAAAAUGAAUAUUAUCAACAACAGUAUCAAUAUCAGUUACAAUUUCAACAUAGCAGUGAUUAAAAAUCCCUCAUUGACAUUAUCAUUAGACAUUUAUAAAAAUAAAUGAACAAUAGUGUCACAGUGGCUUACACUUGCAUCGCAUCUCAUAAGCUUGACAACACACUGUGUCCAAUAAUUUCACAAAGAUAAAAUAAGUCAUAUUUUUGGUUCAUUUAAUAGUUAAAACUAAUUUACAUUAUUGCAAUCAGUUGAUAAAACAUUGUCCUUUACAAUUUUAUAAAAGCUUUUUACAAAAAUAUACUACUCUGCUUGCAUGACAGCAGACUGGGGUAGAUCCUGCUGAAAUCCUAUGUAUUGAAUGAAUAGAGAAUCGUUUUGAAUCGGGAAAAAAACUUUUUUUUUUUUUUUUGAAUUGACAAUCGUUUUGAAUAGAAAAAAAAUCGAUUUUGAAUCGAAUCGUGACCCCAAGAAUCGAUUUUGAAUCGAAUCGUGGGACACCCAAAGAUUCACAGCCCUAACGACAGUUAUUCAUCUUAAAAAAAAUCCUAAAAGUGUGCGUUUAAUACCUGUGUAAGGUAGCGGAUUUGGCCGCUCAGUUCGUUCUCCACUCUGCUGAUGGAGCUCUGGAACUGGACCAGCUGUCUGUCCAGCAGGCUGGCGUUGUGUUUGUCUUUAGAAAGUUCUACCAUUAUGUUACCUGCAAAGGAUAGACAACAAUACGGUGAUGCUUUGCCUACUUCCGUUGAUUACAUUCAUUAAGUUCCAUUCAGGAAUAUGGACGUGCCAGGGUGUACACUGCCUUACGCCCUGUGCAGCUGAGAUAGGUGGGCUCCAACCCCCACGCCCCGCAACCCAGAGACCGACAAGCGGUAGAAAAUGGAUCGAUGGAUGGCAUUCAGGAAAAUGAAACUAUUAUAUUGUAUUGCAGGGGUCUGCAAUUACAUUUGUUGAUUUUUUUCUCUCUCCAAACAUUGAUUUUAAGAAAUCAAUUAUACAUAAACCUUUCACCCCGACUGAGAUUUGAACCCUUGUCCUUGUAAGCACCAUUACCAAAUUAACAAUCUUUGAAGUCCUCAGCUAGCCAACCACUGACAAUGUUUCUCUCCAUGGUUUCAUUUUAAUCGGUCUCUUAGCCUGAAUAUAACUUAAGAAACCACAUAACUUUUGCACAAUAUUUGAAUUUAUUGAUAUACACCUGUUUAUCAUUAAAUCCAUCCAACCAUCCAUUUUCUACCGCUUAUUCCCUUCAAAUUAAUGCAAUUUAGCCACAUCUUUGCAAUAUUUUGAUUUAAUUUAUGAGUCACUGUUUGUUUUAGAACAACACAGGACUUAGAAACUAAAUAAUAAUUAAAUGUCUUUGUACUAAGAAUUAUCUUAAAAUUUGGAUUUGUGUUAUCAGGGUAUUGUUUUUAAUUCUGUAAAGGACUUUGUGUUGCAUUGUUUAAUGUAUGAAAAGCAAUUUGUUAUCUAGUGUUAUUGGAAAAAAUCAUUUAAACUGACCAAACUGGCUUUAUGGAAGGUCGACAUUCUUCAGACCAUACAAGGAACGUAUUUAUGUUCUAUACCAUGCCAGAAGUCUUCCUUAUUCCACAGCAGUUUUCCCUGUCGAUGUGGAGAAAGCUUUUGACCGCAUAAAUUGGUCAUUUAUGUUUUGCACAUUGCAUAAAUAUGGGUUUGUCGAUAAUUUUAAACAAUGCAUUAAAGAUGCUUUAUGUAAGGACCAUGGCAUCAGUCAAAACCAAUAAUCAGAUUUCAGAACCAUUUUCAUUAAAGAGAGUAACAAAACAGGGAUGUCCUGCAGUUGGAUUAUUAUUUAAUUUGAUUAUUGAACCCUUAGCUGCAAAAAUGAGAAGUGAAAAUAAUAUUCAUGGUAUACAAAUUGGUUCUCAGCAUAAGUUAUCGAUGUACUGUGAUGACAUAAUUAUCUACCUGUCACAUGUUGACUCCUCUCUUCACUAUAUCAAUAAGGUAAUCACUGAAUAUGGUUGUCAGGGGAUAAAGUUAUUUGGAAACAAUUUGAUGUAGUAUCACUCAAUAAUCCCAAGUUCACAACCCCUAAAUUAAAUGGAAAGAGGCGGAAAUCAUAUAUUUAAGAUUGCAAAUGACACCAAAUACACUUUUACCUAUUCAAGCGGAGAUCUAAAUCUUGAACAUUUAAGAAAUAAGAUUGAAUCCAAUAUGGAACAUUGGUCCCACCUCAUAAACAUUACUUUGGAGUCCAGUGAACAUAGUAAAAAUUAGUAUACUACAAGCAGGUAGUUACCGAGACAUAUUGAAAAUGAUGCCUGUCCUAAUGAAUAAAAGUUGAUUUAGCAUUCUAAAACUGUGUCAUAAAAUACUUGGAAUCAACCCAAUUUCAUCUGUGAAUCAAAGUUUUUGGUAAAAUCCUAAUGUCAUCCAUCCAUCCAUUUUCUACUGCUUGUCCCUCUCGGGGUCACGGGAGGGCUGCAGCCUAUCCCAGCUGCACUUGGGCAGAAGGCGGAGUACACCCUGGACAAGCUGCCACCUCAUCGCAGGGCCAACACAUAAUCAAAAUGUGGUGAACUUAAUCACAUUAUUUCACGAGAACUCAUUUAAACCAGUAAUUCUCAAACUGUGGUAUGUGUACCACUCCUGGGACGCGAGCUCUAUCUAGUGGUACGCCAAAUAUCUUCUUGAUUAAAGCCCAGUGUUUUAUUUUCCUAUGCAGUAUUCAAUUUGUGUGUAAUGUUACAGUGGCUAAAUAUAUUAAAUAUA